UCGCUUUGGAUCAUAGCUUUGAGUGACAUUAUAUUGGACCAAUAAAGACACAUUUUUGGAUUACUGAGAGCAGGCGGGAUUUCCUUGCGAGUUUAGCAUUGCGGCCUCUUGCUGAAGGGCACUUGUCUCGUUCUGUUUGCACAGGGGUCGUGUGGUAAAGGACCAUCAACUAUCCAUCAUGGGAGGACAUGACGCUGGAAGCCAGCACCAGUUCACUGGAAUUGCCAAGUACUUCAAUUCAUACACAAUCACAGGAAGGAGGAAUUGUGUUUUGGCCACAUAUGCCAGCUUAGUAGCCAUUGCCCUUUUCUUCAAAUUGAAGCCCAAGAAACAGGCUGCAGUCACAGAAAAGUGAUAAUGUGUUCAAUUUGACCAUCAUUUCUAGCAGCUCGGAGUGGAGAGAGGAGCUGGACAUCCUUGUAAUAAAAUAUUACUGUUUGGUUUUGCCACGUUAACAAUAAAGAACAUGUAUGCCCAAAACUUAGAAAA